UUAAAAUGGUUAGCCAUGUUUAUGCUUCAGGUUAGUGUCCCCAACAACAAUAUACUCAACAUUGUAACGGUUCGAUGCGGUCAUUGUGCUAAUCUGUUGUCCGUGAACAUGGGAGCAUUUCUCCAGUCACUUCCUCUUCAAGACGCUCAGGUUCAUAAUAUUGGCUUUCAUGAUAAAUGCGAGUAUGGAUCAUCUUCAAAAUGUAACAGGACAACAGUAAUGUACUCGAUGCAAAGCGAGCAACAACCGACGGUACCCAUACGCCCCCCAGAGAAGAGACAGCGUGUUCCCUCUGCAUAUAACAGAUUUAUCAAGGAGGAGAUACAAAGGAUAAAGGCUAAUAAUCCCGACAUCAGCCAUAGGGAAGCAUUCAGCGCUGCAGCAAAGAAUUGGGCGCAUUUUCCACAUAUCCAUUUUGGGCUAACCCUUGAUAGCAAAAAGCAAGUAAAGCUGGAUGACACCAUUGCUACACCAGCACCGCAAAAGGCGAAGGGUUUCUAUUGAGAUGAUUAUAAUUAGCUGCACCUCAAUGCUCUAUCUUGUGUACUAAACUAUAUAUUAUUGAACUUGUUGCCAACAAGUCAAAAGUAGGAAAUCGAUCCUAAUUCUGAAGCAUUAUGCCACUGCCUUUAUUUCAGAUUCAUAUUAUGGAACAGUGGAAAUAUUAAUUAGUAAGUCCAUGUGAUAUAUAUAUAUAUAUAUAUAUAUAUAUAUAUACAGGACCAAUGUACAAUGGAUCGGCUUCAAUUGUACGCUCGCUUCGACCUCCUUUUCCAAGGUGAGACAUUUUAUGACCUUGUAAUAACUAAUAAGAUGUACAAUGCAUUGCCUUGUAUUAA